UCUCGCUUUUCUGUGAUGCCUCAUUUUUUAGGCGUACUUGUACAUAUGCGUGUCCCUAAUGACACUCAUCGUUAUCGGCUGGUAUAUAUUCUACAAACGAUGGCAACGUAAUAAGGAACGUCAACUGCAGUUGCUAGCACAAAUGCGCGACUCUUCGUCCGUGGGCGCGGGCGAUAUGACUGGGCUGCGUUUCCGUAAACGCGACAAAAUGCUUUUCUACGGCCGUCGAAUGCUGCGUAAAGUGAAGAACGUAUCCGGUCAGGUGUACGGCGGACAAGGACGCAAACGAAAAGCGGUGAUGCACUUCGCCAAACGUAUACUGCAGCUACGGCGGGAAAACAUCCCAAUGCUUCUGAAUACUGCAGAGCCUCCAGCUGAGUAUCUACAAGAGGCGAUAGAAGGCAGCGAUCGCGUGCCGCCUGACGCUCUCUAUAUGCUGCAAAGUAUACGUAUUUUCGGGCACUUUGAAAAACCGAUUUUUCUGAAACUGUGUAAGCAUACAGAAGUGUUGACGCUGCAGCCCGGCGAUUUUCUCUUCAAGAUUACUGACUCCGACGAUAGCGUAUUCAUUGUGCAAUCCGGUUUAGUGCAUGUUUUCAUAUCGAACGCUGACGGCAGCACAUUAUCGUUGAAAACUGUGAAGAAGGGCGAAUCGGUGACGUCGCUUUUGAGCUUCAUCGAUGUGUUGUCGGGUAAUCCAAGCUUCUAUAAAACCGUCACAGCGAAGGCAAUGGAGAAAUCUGUUGUUAUACGCCUACCGAUGCAGGCUUUCCAAGAGGUAUUCAACGAGAAUCCCGAUAUUAUGAUACGUGUUAUCCAAGUGAUUAUGGUGCGCUUGCAACGCGUACUCUUCACAGCACUGCGUACAUAUCUCGGUCUAAAUUCGGAGUUGGUACAAAGCCAUAUGCGCAUUAAGAAGAGCGCUGGUGCCACAAUUUUGAAGACGUCGCCGUUGUUAAGACGCUUCACGCACCCAGACACAAUACAGCACUCUUUGUCGGAUUUUAUGCCGCCACCAGAUAUGUUGGUUGACUUGGCGCAUGACUCGGAACGUCACAUGGGCAUACAAGCGGCGCUGCCAACGGCGCAGCAAACUGGUAAUGGCGCUAAUGCUAAUGGGGGUGGAGGUGGAGGUGGGGGUGGGCAGCCGACACUUGCGAAUUCGCGAGCGAACAGCAUUGGUAAUUUGGUAACGCGUCGCUAUUCUUUGGUACACGCCGAAGCGUUGGCGAAUGCCGCCAAUGCUGAAUUGGCCAGCCUGCGCGGCUAUGCAUUGGACAGUUUCUUACGUGAACUUGGCUUGCCGGAAGAGGAUCGCACGUCCAUAGAUCCCUACGUCGAAUUGAGCGAAGUGGAGGCGAAUAUUCCGUUGAUCAACGAAGGAAAUGUGGAUGAUAUCUGCAUUUGGAUUGUUCUCACGGGCGCUUUGAAUGUGUAUCAAAGUAGCGUGGAUGUCACACGCACCGUUAAGACUGAACGUUCGGAUGUGUAUAUUUACACGGUGCACCCAGGUGAAAUUGUUGGUGGACUCGCUGUGCUGACGGGCGAGGCAAGCACGUACACAAUAAAAACCAAAUAUAUAACCCGACUUGCUUACAUACGUCGUCCUGGCGUUUAUGCAAUAAUGCGCGAACGCCCUCGUAUCGUGUUGGAUCUCGGCAAUUGUGAAGUGCGUCGUCUCUCGCCGCUGGUACGGCAAUGCGAUUAUGCGCUCGAUUGGAUUUUUCUAGAGUCUGGUCGUGCCGUCUAUCGACAGGAGGAGAAUAGCGAUAGUACUUAUAUUGUGCUAAGUGGACGCAUGCGUUCUGUGAUAACGCAAUCAAGUGGAAAAAAAGAAAUAAUAGGCGAAUACGGCAAAGGUGAUCUUGUGGGUCUCGUGGAAAUGAUAACGGAGACAUGUCGCACAACCACAGUGAUGGCUGUACGCGAUUCAGAACUUGCAAAAUUGCCGGAAGGCCUUUUUAAUGCUAUCAAAUUGCGAUACCCGAUUGUUGUAACAAAACUCAUAAGCCUUUUGAGUCAUCGUAUAUUGGGCACGAUGCAGACGCGCCAUGGGAGCACAGCGGCGCCCUUGGAGGCGAAUCCGGUAACACACAAAUACUCUACUGUAGCGCUGGUGCCGGUAAGCGAUGAUGUACCGCUAACAGCAUUCACCUACGAGCUAUAUCACUCAUUGUGCGCAAUAGGUCCCACUUUGCGUCUAACAUCCGAAGUGGUUCGCAAACAGCUCGGCAUGCACA